UGCUGGAAAGGUAAGUUACUGGGCCCCGGCAGAACCUGCUGGAAAGUAAAGUUACUGGGCCCCGGCAGAACCUGCUGGAAAGGUAAGUUACUGGGCCCCGGCAGAACCUGCUGGAAAGGUAAGUUACUGGGCCCGGCAGAACCUGCUGGAAAGAUAAGUUACUGGGCCCCGGCAGAACCUGCUGGAAAGGUAAGUUACUGGGCCCCGGCAGAACCUGCUGGAAAGGUAAGUUACUGGGCCCCGGCAGAACCUGCUGGAAAGGUAAGUUACUGGGCCCUGGCAGAACCUGCUGGAAAGGUAAGUUACUGGGCCCCGGCAGAACCUGCUGGAAAGGUAAGUUACUGGGCCCGGCAGAACCUGCUGGAAAGGUAAGUUACUGGGCCCCGGCAAAACCUGCUGGAAAGGUAAGUUACUGGGCCCCGGCAGAACUGCCCAACCCACAGAUCCCAGGGGUAUCGGGAUGAUCUGCCCCUCAUUAAUGUACAUGUAACACUGGGGGGGGGCAUCUCCCCCUGCUCCCAUAGAUUCUAAUGCCCCUUAUCAACCUCCCAGCAUCACAUGAGCAAAACUAGGCUCAAAUGGCCCCCACUCCAUGAUGUGUAUAGGAAUUACCCCUGUCUGGGGCACUAAGGGAAUAACUAAUAAGUGGUGGGAGGAGCCUAAUGUCUAUGGAUUUGGGCAAAGGAGACACUAAAAUGCCAAUAACUGAACGUUCUCCCCCUGCAGCCCCUGAAGCCCCCGAGGAGACCCCGCACGGUGCCGGCGCAGGGAGCAGGUCCAACCCAAAUGUACAGGACACAGAAGAUGGCGCCAGUCUUCAUUAUGCCACCAUUGUGCCCAAAGCUGCCAACGCUGGAAAAUCUCACCAACCGAGACGCACGGAAGAGAUUGAGUAUGCCCCACUGAAAGGGGCACGGAGCCCUCUGCCCAGAUCUGCCACCGCCCGUACUGAGGAGCCUGAGUUGUUCUAUGCCAGUCUCAGACUGUCGCCAUCCCAGUGCAACUAGCACUGCCCUAACUGCCCCUGGCACUCAGUAUCCAGCCCAGGGGGUCCCGGGGGCACAUACAGGGGGCAGUUAGUACACGGGGGGCGUAAUACAGAUUUGGCCCAACACUGACCAACAAUAACUUGCGUUUCUGUUUGAGCAAAAACUAAGAUUUGUGUGAAGCUGAAUGUGCCCUGUGCCGGUGCAGCGCCCCCUGGUGUAAAUGCCCAGUCAUUGCAUAGAGAGAGUAUUACAGCCUUUGCACUUUAAAGGGGAAAUAAACCCACACACAAAACCUAAUCCCUCUUUGAAAUCUUUUAUUCGCUUGUGCGACGGUCGGGAACUCCUACGGCGGGAAGGUUCUUGCACCACAGGUUGAGUUUAUAUAUAAAUCCCCCCCCCGGUUCCGCUCAAUGACACAGUAACGAUGAGCAGGUUAUUAUUAUUUUAUUAUUAUUAACAUUUAUUUCUAAAGGUUCUCAAGCAUUUUACCUCCUUAGCACAAUGGAUCAGUUAUUUUUGUUUAUAUCUAAAAAAGCUUUAUUUUAUUAUUACAACAGAAAUGAUUUCUUAUCCCAUUCAGUUUGGCCGACACGGGGCCCCCGGGGGCCACAGCAAGCCCAGCCAAACCCGGGACCCCGUAUCCAUAUAGUCGGCCAUUUGCAGAAUCCAUCAGGGUGGGCUCAGGGGUUCAGUCGAUCCCUAUUGGAAAGAGAGAACAGAGCCCCCUUUCCCUACAUUCCCGUAACCUACAGACACAAGAUCAUUGGUGUUUAUACCCCACAACUUGCAGUAUUUGCCCACUUGGAACUGUGAGCUUUAAACUAUGUGAAAUUCAAAAUCAACAACUUUCAUUGGCUGAUAUUUAGCGCCUGCCAAACCAAUGAACAAACAACAGCAAAAUAACGUGUGUGUAUUAUUACCUUCACUCCUAUUCAGCACAUAACUUGCGUGAUUAAAGGGGAAGGAAAGGUACAAACUCAGAAAGGUCAAUGGAAAUACAGCCCUAAGCCCUCACAGAGAGUCCUCUGUCAAAAGAAACACAGGA